AUGGCGCCCCCACAGAAACCUGAGACUUUCAUGCUCUCUGAUGCUGCGCAACAGAGCCUACCGCAGGACGCCCAGGUCGCCCUGCAACAAGUCGACAAUUUGAAAUAUUUCCUCAUCUCAGCACCUGUGGACUGGACACCGGAUCAAUAUAUACGGAGGUUUCUGCUGCCAACCGGUGAAUACGUCUCGUGUGUUUUAUGGAAUAACCUCUUCCACAUUUCCGGCACAGACAUCGUGCGAUGCCUCUCAUUCCGCUUCCAAGCCUUCGGUCGACCCGUAAAGAACUCGAAAAAGUUCGAGGAGGGUAUAUUCUCGGAUUUGCGAAACUUGAAGUCGGGUACCGACGCUUCGCUAGAAGAGCCAAAGAGUCCGUUCCUAGAUUUCAUGUACAAGAACAAUUGCAUACGGACUCAGAAGAAACAGAAGGUCUUCUAUUGGUACAGCGUCCCGCAUGACAGACUCUUCCUCGACGCUCUGGAGCGUGAUCUCAAGAGGGAGAAGAUGGGGCAAGAAGCGACCACAAUGGCUGUCAGCGAACCCGCUUUGUCCUUCGAGUUCGACGCUUCGCAGUCGCUGUUUGAGCAGCUCACCAAGGCUCAGCAAGCCAGUUCGUCUUCUUUCUCGGCCAAUGCGAGCUCAGCCUAUUCUCAGUCAACCUCACCAGUCCUCCGUGCAUCAGACUCGAUGCCUCCACCAUCGCUACCACAGCCCCUACCAACAGUGUCCGAGGACGUGCCAGCAACAAUCGGCGCUUACCCUCAAGUAUCGGUGGCGCCAUCUGCAGCCUCAAACUUUGUGAAGAGGGAGACGGACUAUGGGCAUUUGCAAUAUGAUAGGAACGGCAUACCUCUGUCGCGGGUGCAUCAGCGGCAUACGUCCAUGCCUACAUAUAUGGAAUACUCGCCCGCUCCCUCGUUUGUUUCAUCCCAAGGUGAAUAUGGCACCUACAGCAACCGUGACCUAUCUUUCGAGCCAGUAACACCUCCUCAGAGCAACCAAGUAGCAGCGGCUGAGCCUGCUUACAUUGCCAACGAAGACACAGGUCUUUACUCAGCCAUCCCUGAUGUCAAUUCCUCCCAAAGCUACAAUAUGAUGACGCAGUUGCCGCCGUCAAACCUCUCCGGAGGACAAUACUCUGGCAGUCGUAACUACGGAAGCGGAAAUGUUUAUUCUGUCAUUGAAGGUUCCCCCACUUACAAGCAACGCAGGCGGCGGUCCUCUAUCCCUCCCAAUACCAACGCUAUGGCAGCCGCCGCUACCGGUCACGCACCACACCGUCAGAGUGACCUCCGACGUUCCGUUUCUGCCUCUCUUGGACCGGAUGAAGGUGACGACUCAGGUCGCAAUUCUCCUCCCGCUUUACCCAACGGCUAUGCCAACAUGAUUGGGCAGCAUAGAGACAUGCUUGAGCAUAUCUCGCGUCACGGAACCCCACUCCAGCAGACAGUUGAGGGAAGCCCAGCUCCACAGAACAUGGGCAUGAUGCAAGCGCAGGAGAACAAUUACCACGGCUAUCAGGAUAACCUGCAGAUUCAAUCCACAGACACCAGCCCAGGGAGUCGUGGUGGAGACCGGCCUGGUCCCGUUCGGAGAGCCAGAAGUGCCACCAUGAUGGAGCUCGGACCGUAUCCCCACAAAUCACAUUCUUGUCCCAUCCCAACCUGCGGGCGUCUUUUCAAACGCUUGGAGCAUCUCAAACGUCAUGUGCGAACGCACACCCAGGAACGUCCCUAUGUGUGCCCACAUUGUAACAAAGCAUUCUCUCGGUCAGACAAUCUUGCCCAACAUCGCCGUACCCAUGAAGUGCGCCCUGACGGGGAGGUCGGCGGAUACACGGACGACGAUCUCGAAGCAGAAGAAAAUGAAUUCGGCACUCUCGAGGACGAAAGUCCGCCGCCGGAGAACAACAAUCACUAUGCGCAGAACCCUAUGGCACACAUGACAGCGAAUGCGAUGAGGCUGCCGUCGAAUGGCAUGGCGCAUGACGGCAUGAGCAUGGCCGGUAGCAUGGGACCACCAAUGAUGGGCGGUGGCAUUCCAGUGAGCCAGCAAAUAUGA